AAAGUCGAUCUAAGCCGGCAGAAGGAAGAUAUAAUCCUCGGGCGGCGACUGGCAUAUAUCGAUUCGAUGCCACUGCAAGGCGCUAAGGACUACAAACUCAUGUUCAUGCUCCUUUCUUCCUCGUUCCGGACAUCCGUAUCGAACAUUGGCGAAGACCAGAAGCCGUGGGUGUUCGAUUGGGGCAGUGGGAUUGACGGGCAAAGACUUUUUCGCAAAGGCAAUUCUUGGUUGGCAUGGUUUGUCUUAGCCGAAGGCCCGGAUCUCUUCUGGAAACAGUGGUGGACUUUACCACAUGACUCCCCGAGCGCAAGACACUACAUCCGCGAUCGCGCGGUCAAGGUCUGGACAGAUACUCCACCGAAGCUAGUGGAUCAUCAGCGAGACCAUGCACGAAGAAUCCAGGAAGCCAUCAAUAAGAGGGCAGACGUCUCUACAGAUUUCAUCUCGGUUAACCCCAUACCAUAUUUUACACAGUAUGCGGAAUAUCGACUGUCGAGGUGGAAGUGUGGCAUACUACCCGCAAAGGAGACGAUGUCUCAUGUGCCAUUCCAUAUUGAGUUUCGCUGUCCGGAAGAGCUGGUGCAGCAGUACCAGUUGCUCCUGCAUGGGAAGGAAGCUGCAAAGACAAAUCACAUCACAGCAAGAGGAUGA